AUGUACAAGCAUGAGGAAGGGGCAUACAAGCAUGAGGAAGGGGUGUACAAGCAUGAGGAAGGGGUGUACAAACAUGAGGAAGGGGUGUACAAGCAUGAGGAAGGGGCGUACAAGCAUGAGGAAGGGGUGUACAAACAUGAGGAAGGGGUGUACAAGCAUGAGGAAGGGGCGUACAAGCAUGAGGAAGGGGUGUACAAGCAUGAGGAAGGGGCGUACAAGUAUGAGGAAGGGGCGUACAAGCAUGAGGAAGGGGUGUACAAACAUGAGGAAGGGGCGUACAAGCAUGAGGAAGGGGCGUACAAGCAUGAGAAAGGGGCGUACAAGCAUGAGGAAGGGGCGUACAAGCAUGAGGAAGGGGCGUACAAGUAUGAGGAAGGGGCGUACAAGCAUGAGGAAGGGGCGUACAAACAUGAGGAAGGGGCGUACAAGCAUGAGAAAGGGGCGUACAAGCAUGAGUAA